AUGUAAAUUGUGAUACUUUUGUUUUUGUUUAUUAUUCUAUUUGGGUUUUCAUUUGCUCGAGAUCUUCAAAUUUUUGUGCCUAUUUUAAAUUAAGUACUUCUUUUAGUAUAUAUAUCUUUUACUUAUUUAUCAAUAUUGGCUAUUUCUGAGUUUUAGAAAUGGUAAUUAACAGAAUCUAAUACUGAAAAAGUAAUGAUUAUAAUGAUAUUUGCUUAUGAUAUGAAUAGUUUUUUAACAGAAAUUAGAAUAGAAAUGGAGGAUACAACAUAAUUUUAAAGAUGUCUCUUUUAAGCUAUGGCAUUUGAAACUGUAUUAAUCUAAAUCUUUGGUAUAACUAAUUCAUUAUUAUUUUAAUCUAAUACUAAAUAAUCUAUUAUUACAAACUUUUAAGAAGAAUUUAAACAUAAUUAUCAAUAGAAAUUAUUUUAUCAAUUUUAAUGA